ACACAGGGAAAGUGAGGUAAACGGACAUUUUUGAACAAAAAAAUGGCUAAUUUGGAUUCAUCGAACUCUUCCCCUGAAACAGACCUUGAAACAAACCCUAACCCUAAUCCUACUUCAUCAAAAGCUAUAGUCCCAGCCCCUCCUAAUUCCAAUUCCCCUGCCGUAUGCCUCUUGCAAUUCGCAGGAGACUCCGCCGCCGGUGCCUUCUUGGGCUCCAUCUUUGGCUAUGGUUCGGGAUUGAUUAAAAAGAAAGGCUUUAAAGGAUCCUUUGUGGAGGCAGGAUCUUGUGCCAAGACAUUUGCUGUUUUGUCGGGCGUACACAGUUUGGUUGUUUGCUUUUUGAAGAGGCUGCGGGGAAAAGAUGAUGCUAUUAAUGCUGGUGUAGCUGGAUGUUGCACUGGACUUGCCCUAAGCAUCCCAGGUGCACCCCAGGCACUUCUACAGAGCUGCCUCACAUUUGGGGCAUUCUCUUUUAUCGUUGAAGUGCUUAACAAGCAGAGGCCAGCAUUGGCGCAUUCGCAUUCUGUGAGAAACGAGAGCGGGAACUACAGGGGACCUCGUCCUUUAGUACUCCCUCUUUCAUUCCCUCUUCCAGAUGAGCUGAAGCGAGCUUUUUCUUCUUUCUGCGAGACCUUGGUAAAACCAAACAACGGCAGGUUUCCUACAGCUAACUGACGUGGAUCCAUUGUUAUUUGUCUCUUAUUUGUAGAUUGUUGCAAGCGGUGAGAAUGUACACUGAAAGUUUAGUUGAGAAAUUUGAAUCUUUUGCAAGCAGGAAUCUGAAAUUAUUUCUUUCUUGUGUUGCAUUUCAUUUCUCAAUUGAUUCAAUUGUUUGGUC